AUGGGCCAGGGUGUGUCGCUUGGUGAGGCCUCUCAGGAGCGCUACUUUCUCCAGAAGGUCAAGCUGGGAGAAGGCUCUUUUGGAACGGUCUGGAGAGCAGUCGACAGGCAGGAGAACACGAUUGUGGCUGUGAAGCAGCUGGACAAGGCAUUGCUGCCCAAGCGUGGGGUUCGCCGACAAGACAUCGAGCGGGAGAUUGCAGUGAUGAGGGCUGUCUCGCAUCCGAAUGUCACAAAACUGUUCGGCAGUUGGGAGGACUCUGCAAGCAUCUUCCUUGCGCUUGAAUAUUGCAAUGGCGGCGACUUCGGAGACAAGGUGAGAGAGAAAGGCAUGGAAUUGGAAGAGAAGGUGGCUGCUGAAUGGAUGUUUCAGAUAGUGGCUGCCAUCUGGGUGUUGCACAGCAAGAAUAUUUGCCAUCGGGACAUCAAGCCGGACAAUUUCAUGGUACAUGAUGAGGUCUUGAAGUUGUCUGACUUUGGCCUGGCCGUACACCUGCCGUUUGAUCAGAAGCUGAUGGAAAAGUGCGGUACUCCCGCCUUCAUGUCACCUGAACAACACCAACUGCCCAGAAGCCGAGGCUACAAUCAUUCCUGUGAUGUUUGGGCGGCAGGCAUUACCAUGUACAUGGUCAUGUUCGCUGGCAAGCAUCCGUUUCUGCUGCCCAGCCAGCAGUUGGAUGAACAAGCUCUACUCGCUGGUCAGCUGGACUUCAGCGUGGGCAACAGCUUCUUCGGUUUUGCGAUGACGGACCGCUUCUCAGAAUCUGCGCGCAAAAUCUGCAGACAGAUGGUUAUGCCGGACAUGAGCAAGCGCAUCACAGCAGCCGCUGCUUGCCACAGCGAGUGGUUCAAGGAGCAGGAGGUCGGAAAGUUUCGGCGCCCCCAGGAAGGCGAUCAGAUUCCAAAGGAGGGCAGCCCAGCACUGUGCGCCUGGGCAAAAUUUCGCAGCAAGCCAGCUCAAAUGCCAGCAAUCAUGAGGGAGCAGUCCGACAUGACCGUCGAUGGAGGGAAGGACAAGGAGGACGCUGCGCUACGAUGGUGGCCUUUCAGUGCUGAAGCACAGCCAGCACAGCCGUCGAGACCGGCGGGAACAGAGGAGCAACAGCAGGAACGUCAGCACGAGAAGCAGGAAUUGCAGGAGGAGCUGCUGCAGCACAAGCGAGCGCUGCAACAAGGGCCUGGCCCCUCUGGAGCGCAUUCAGAUGAUGAGCUACGGAGGCGGAUCCAGGGUUUGGAGGAGCAGCUGAGGCGGCAUGAGGAGCAAAGUCGCAUGCGAGAAGAAGAGAAUCGGCUUCAGAAGGAGCAGAAUGAGUCGCAAUGGGAGAUGCUUGUGCAGAUGCAGCAGUUCAUCAAGGACAAAAAGAUGACUCAGGACUUGGAGGCUACAAUGGCAGUGAAGGCAACGCCGUCCGAAACUUCCGCGCCGCCUGCAGCACAGGCUGCAGCCGGCGACGCAAGCCCAUUUGCUCAGCCUAGUUCCAGUCGAAGCUAUUCUCGAAGGACUGUCAGCGCCACUGCCGCUCCGCCAGAAAUGCGCAUCCCUGCAGUGCAGACGCUACGGCCCGGGAUGAGAUGCCGGUAUUAUUCAAAUACGUAUUGCAGAUGGAUCAAUGCCAAAGUUGAAAAGUACCAUCCCAAUGGGACGUUUGACUUGGACGUGAAGCAACAUGCCUCCAUCGAAAACAUUUCGCCGCUUGCAGACGUUGCAGAAGCCGAGGAGGCCUCUGAAGCAAUGCUCCCGGAAGUGAUGCCUACCAGAAACUGGCACUCCAGCCGGGCACUUCUGAAAGUCACACCCUUGGAGCUGAUCCUGCGCAAGCAGCGUGACGAGAGUGCGGACAGCGAAUGGUUGAGGCAGUGCGCGGAGGCAUUGCGGCAGCACAAGGCGAUCCUGGAAGCAUCGCAGGAAGAUCAUGCAGCUCGCGUCGUUGAAUUGCAAAAGACCUUCGGAGUGAAGAUGGUCGGUGCCUUGCUGACGCUCGCCUCACCUCUGUCACUGCCUGCCGAGAUUCUGGAGGUGCUGCACCUCCUGUUCCGCGAACUUCCCUUGGAGGUCGUAAAGGAAGCCUUGGAACCACAGGCUCGACAGAUGGUGCAGAUGCCAUGCUUGCAUAGAACUUUGAUGAACUUUGCUCGUUGGGCUUUGAAGUUGGUCGGAAUGCAGUUCGGUGAAGAAAAACACAAGGAGAUGGCCAUGUGUGACCCAGGCAAAAGGAUACGCGACCCUACCACUGGAGCCGUCCUGAGAGCAUCUGGCAAGAAAGACAGCCGAAACGAGGACCGAGAUGCGAACCCGCUGAAUGAUGCCAUUCCCGGAGAAGUUGUCCGGCGUAAUGAGAGAGUUCACAAAUCAGGACCCAGCGCAAAGGCUCUGGCAGAAACAGACCUGCAAGCUGUUUUGGCAAAAGGUUCAGGCACUCGAGAAAAGUGGCUGAAAAAAGCCUUGCAGCAGGUGCAGGAGGGUGACCUGUCUGCCGCCGAUGUGUACAACAUUCUCAAGGUUCCGGACUUCGCUUCAGACCUGAAGGACAAGACAGGGAAAAGCAUGUACAAGUUUCUUAUGUCUCGGAUCUCCGUCUUCUCAAAGGGGCAGCAACGCUUCCUGCAAAAGGAGUGCUCUUUGGCCCAGCUUUUUGGUGGCGAAGGAGGUCAAUCCUUGGGCAGUGACGAACUCAAAGCGCCCAAUGCGGGCCAGCCAAACCCUGAGGCCGCGGAGCAAAUGAUGGCCCGUGUCCGAGAAUUUGUCCGCCAACAACAAGGCGUUGAACUUGACCAAGCAGUAUCUGCCGUUCCAGAGCCUGCGCCGCCACCUGACAUGCAGAUUCAAACCACGGUAGUCCAAACACAUGAAGACCACUUGUGCAGUGUAUUCUGA